CGCUCUUGCGCACAUACCCAGAUUUCAGUUGACAGUGACCAUCGGUGUUUAUGCGCGGCUUUAAAGCUCAACAGCUCAGACAAGUUGGUGGCCAGAGUGGAAACGAUGCAAGAUGUGUAGGAAGCUGGAAAGCAGUGUGGGUGCUUAGUUUUCUAAGGACGCACAAGCGGCGCUCCGUGCCAUUGCGCACAACUUCUUGACUGCAUCCAAACGCACCGCAGCCGAAUUACAGAGUGGACUUUCCUGAGCAGGAGCAGAGAUGGCUAUACUCAUUAGUUCUUUGAUUAUUUUUACAAAAUUCCUACUUUAUUUGAAACUAACAUAUUGCAUGGAGGUAGAUUUCUGCAUACCUGUUCGUGUGGAUCAUCAAAAGCAUGAAAAACCUUUGCACCGGCGCGCGGAGCAGAUGAAUGAAAGACAGAUUGUUUUUAGACUAAGUGCAUUCAAACAGGAAUUUUACCUCCACCUUACGCCGGAUUCUAGUUUCCUUGCAACGGGCAGCUUGCCGGCUAAGAGCGGCUCCUCAGCAUCCAACGCCUCUGCAACCGCUGACCUCAGGGAAUGCUUCUACUCCGGUGAUGUCAACGCAGACCCGGACUCCUUCGCCGCGCUCAGCCUGUGUAAAGGUCUCCAUGGGGGGUUCUCCUCUAACGGCAUGGAGUAUUUCAUUAGCCAGACCAGGACAGAAGACGCAUCUGCAGCGUCUGGAUACGGAGCCUCUUUCGACAGGACCCAUGUCAUUCGCCGCCGGAGACGCGCUGCGCACUCAGGCGGUAACUUCACCAGCAGGUGCGGAGUUACACAUGACACCAGCUUCAACAUUUCCCUGGAGAAGUACAAGCACAUGAGCGAACUGGAGAUUGAUGGCUUAACUGAAACUGUGUUGAAAACCUUGGGGAGGUCAAAGCGGUUUGCCUCCAUCCCCAGGUUUGUGGAGGUGCUGGUGGUGGCAGAUGAAUCUAUGGCUAAAUUUCACGGGGAUGACCUGAAGCAUUACCUCCUGACCCUGAUGUCAGUAGCAGCCAGGCUUUACAAGCACCCAAGCAUUCUCAACUCCAUAAACAUAUUGGUGGUGGGCUUCAUGGUGAUAAAUGAAGCUGACAAGGGACCUAAGGUUUCCAGUAAUGCAGCCCUGACUCUGCGCAACUUCUGCUCCUGGCAAAAGAAGUUGAAUAAACACAGCGACAAGCACCCAGAUUAUUGGGACACUGCCAUACUGUUCACCAAACAGGAUCUUUGCGGGGCCACAACCUGUGAUACACUGGGGAUGGCUGACGUUGGGACCAUGUGUGACCCGAAGAGGAGCUGCUCUGUCAUUGAAGAUGAUGGCUUGCCCUCAGCUUUCACAACUGCCCACGAACUUGGUCACGUCUUCAACAUGCCCCACGACAAUGUGAAGGCAUGUGAGGAGGUAUUUGGGAAACUAAAAGACAAUCACAUGAUGUCUCCCACACUGAUUCAGAUCGACAGGAGCAGGCCCUGGUCUGUGUGCAGCGCAGCCAUCAUUACUGAGUUUCUGGAUAGAGGUCAUGUGUUGUUGGUUUUUGUUUCUGUAGGAGACUGUCUGCUGGACCAGCCUCAAAGGCAGCUGUCUCUCUCAGACAACCUGCCUGGUUCCAGCUACAGCCUGCACCGCCAGUGUGAGCUAGCCUUCGGCUCCGGCUCCAAGCCCUGCCCAUACAUGCAGCCCUGCUCCAAGCUAUGGUGCACCGGGAAGGCCCGUGGUCAGCUAGUCUGCCAAACCCGACACUUCCCCUGGGCGGAUGGCACCAGCUGUGGCAAUGGCAAGGUGUGCUACCAAGGAGCCUGCACUGAUAAGAACAGCACCAUGCACAUCAAGGUGGAUGGCCGGUGGGGGAAGUGGGGUGCAUUUGGAGAUUGUUCCAGAAGUUGUGGUGGAGGAGUUCAUCUGGCCAAGAGAGAGUGUGAUAACCCCGUUCCUGAGAAUGGAGGCAAAUACUGCUACGGUCUUCGCAUCAAAUAUCGCUCCUGUAACCUCAACCCUUGUCCUGAAACAGGUAAGAGCUUCCGUGAGGAGCAGUGUGAGGGGUUCAAUGGCUUAAACCUGAACACCAACAGACUGGGUUCCUCUGUGGUUUGGGUUCCCAAAUAUUCGGGCAUCUCUCCCAAGGACAAAUGCAAGCUCAUCUGCCGUGCCAACGGGACUGGUUACUUCUAUGUCCUCGCUCCAAAAGUUGUGGACGGGACGCCCUGCUCUCCUGACACCUCAGCUGUGUGUGUUCAAGGAAAAUGCAUCAAGGCAGGCUGCGAUGGCAAGCUGGACUCUAACAGGAAGUUUGACAAGUGCGGUGUGUGUGGCGGGGAGAACCAGGGCUGCAAGAAGGUCUCAGGAAUGUUCACCAAACCUAUUCAUGGCUACAACUUUGUGGUAAUGCUGCCUGUUGGAGCUGCCAAUAUUGACAUCCGUCAGCGCGGCUACCGAGGAAUGGUCGGUGAUGAAAACUAUUUGGCGGUGAAGAAUCGGCACGGCAAGUACCUGCUGAACGGAAACUACGUGGUGUCAGCAGUGGAGCGCGACCUGCUGGUGAAGGGCAGCUUACUGCGCUACAGCGGCACCUCCUCAUCUGUAGAGAUUCUUCAGGCCACAAGACCCCUGCAGGAGCCUCUGACUGUGGAGGUGCUGUCUGUCGGGAAGAUGACUCCUCCAAGGGUGCGGUACUCCUUCUACAUCGCCAAAGAGAGCAAGGAGGAGAAGACUCUGCGGAAAGAGGAGAGAAGCCAUGCUGCACAGAAUAGCGUCUUGACAGACAGUAAUAGGGUAGAAGCUAAGAAGCGGAUGAUGGGUAAGAGGCCGGUCAGUCACUGGGUGACAGGAAGUUGGGAUUCGUGCACGGUGACUUGUGGGAAUGGUCUGCAGAAGAGGCUGGUGCAGUGCCAGAGCAUGGAAGGGCGUCCUGCAGUGGACUGUGACAGUGCUGACAGGCCUGUAUCAGUGAGAGCAUGUGGGGAUCCAUGUCCCAUGUGGGACGUAGGGGCCUGGUCUCACUGCUCCAAGUCCUGUGGAAGGGGUUUUAAAAGGCGGCCAGUACGCUGCAUGACUGAGGAUGGUCUGAAUCUACCCAGAGAUCACUGCUCUGGAAGGAGAAAGCCUCAGGAACUGGACCUCUGCAGCCUGAAGCCAUGUUAGAACAGACUCAGCCCAAGGACUUAUUUUUGUCAGUCAACAUAAUGAUUUGACAUGAACCUAAGCAACCAAAGAGGAAGAUGAUGAUCUUGGCUGUGUUGGGUGGAAAUACAGCCUCACUGUGUCUGAAGGGGCGUCUCUACACCGAGGAAAGGCAUCAGAGACGGAGAGAGUCUCCCUCCAUCUUUAAAAAAAAAAAAAUCUGUUUAGAUAAGAGACAAGAAGGAAAGCUGUCUCCUUGUAAACUGUCAAACCAUCUGAGGCAGGUUUGACUUGUGGUUUGUCUACCUCUACCAGGAAAGAUGACACAAUGGCUGAGUACAUACAGAGAGUAACAGAGAAAUAUGCAGAGACAGCGGUCACUCAGAUCUGUACACAAACAUAAUUUCUUGGUAUAGAUGUGUGAGAUAAGAUUGCAAAAGCAGAGAGAAAUAAAAGUCCAGGACAAACAAACAUUGUGAGGUACAACCUCAACACUCACACUGUGCAGUUAUCAAAGGCAGAUAUCUCACCUGUGAUUUAUCAUUUUUCUUAUUUCACUGAAGAAUUAAUUAAAAUGUGAAAUACAGUACUGUAUCAUUCAUUCAACAUCCAAGACCUGAUUGUUCCAUGCAGUUUCUACAUCUUUUGAUUUCAUCUUUUUAUUUUUACACCUAUUGGCUCUAAAAUCUAAAUCAGUAGGCAACCGCACUGCUAGCCAGAGUCAGAUCAUCAACUAAUAGCUUUACAAGCUUUAUAUCCUUCCAAAAUGUAAAACAGUCAACAAUAACAAUCUUCAUGAAUUUGAUCAAUGUCAAAGAAUUUCUGAAUUUCACUAGUGACCAAAAAUCCCAAAAUAUUUUUUACUUAUAGCAUAUUCUAUACGGUGAAUGUAGGCUGUUUGUAUGGUGCAAUCAUAAUGAAUCUGUGUCAGUUCUGUGUAAUCCAAACUGACCAAUGCUCAGCUGUUUGUUCUAUGUUGCCAAAGAGUUAUAACCUUCAAAAACGCCUUAGUACUGCGAGAGACCCCUCUCUGCUUGAAAAUGACAGAAGUGUGGCUUGCUCUCGCCAUACAUUUCUGUCAUCAAGUCCAACUGAAAUUAAACAUCAUUUUUUUUGUCUGCUACAGCAUCCUUUUCUGUUCUCUAAAUCACUUGCCCUGUGUGUCCUUGUGAAAUCUGAAAUCAAAAGGGAGAAAUUGAUAUUUUUUAAGCCAGUCAAAUCCUGCAUAAACUAGUAACGCCAGCAUGUCAACAACCACAUUAGCUUUCCUGCUGAAGUCUCCUACUUUUCUAACUUACCAACAUGAACAUACAUCUUGUGCUGCAUAAAACAUUCCUAAAUACAGAAAUUAGCUAUGAAAUGUGUUUACAUUGUAUACUCACACUCCAGACCAUACAAGGCCUCAUAUGUAAUAAACAAUAGGCUACUUCAAAAUCUAAGAUUUUGGCAGUCAGUGUAAUAAAAGCAAGAUUAGGGUGACAUAUGAAAAACACUUUGCACUUCGGUCUGGCUGCUGAAUUUUGUAAAAUUUGGCAAACAAGGCAUUACAGUAAUCUAGGCAAUAAUAUUGCUAAAUUAAUACACUGCUUUCAGGUCAUGCUGUUACCUUCCUCAAAGCUACAUAAAUACAAGGUAUGAGUGUUUUGUGCUCAAAAGAUUUUUAUUACUCAAAUUUUACUUAGGUUGGAGUAUCACCUAAAUAUUCUGCAAAGUUAGUGUUUGCUAUGUUGCUCUGGGUGAAAUGUGUUUUGGCUAAUAUCAUUUCCUUAACCUUCACAUGCUUCUUUCCUUCUGCUGCAUGUCAGCUUCAACACCCCUAGCCCUUAAUGAGAAGACAAGCUGCAAAGGUUGUGUUUUUUGCCAAGCUCGAGAUGCCAUCAUGUCGUUAUACCCAAGCAUCAACAAGUACAUGGUUUGAUCAUUUGCUCUGGUGCUACACUUAUUCUCUCCAGUGAACUGUUGAGUAAAGCCUGCUGUAUACAGAAGUAGAAAAAAGCAUACCAUCUCUACGAAUCACAUCCAUGGUGAAAUUAAAGGGAAAAUGCACCCUAAAACAUGAUCAUCACCAAACAUCUUUUUGUCUAUUUUCCAUCAUGGGAUUCCAUCUUGUUGUUUUGAAGGGAUUGUUUUCAUUUCAUCGGCCAACUGUUACUGCAUGUCCAGCACAGCUGGAAAUAUGUGUAGUUGAAUAGAAAAUGGAUUAGAAGUCUUAAAAUUAUUUAACUAAAGUCCAUUUUUGGUGUCACACCCUAAGAUUUGAAGUGCAAGGGCGUCUGUCUGGACUCACCAUUUUACAUGUUUACAAUGUUCCAACAAUUUCAACAUUCAUUAUAACAUAACAUCUGGAAUGUGGAAAACACAGAAUAAUAGAUACUUGUAUUUGAAGGUGGAAUUAAACUGACACAACAUGUCCUUCAACACAAAUUUCCUUUCACUCUUCAUUUCCAGUGUUUUGGUUCAGAGGGACCAAUUACACCAUCUAAAAGAUGGUAAUGUACAGUUGUAUUUUCUUUCACAUCAUGUGCAGAUAAUG